AUGGCCACCUUCGUCUACAAAUACCCACGAGACGGCAAUGCCAUGCCACCACCUUGCAAACACGCGAACGCGAGCGAACAAGAAGGGAAGCCAAGAGCACGAGAGGGCGAGAGGAGGAGAGGCAAGACAAGAAGCAAGGAAGGGGAAGAGGAGCGAAGGAAGGAGAUGGCCGCCGACAUCGGCUAUUAUUGGCUGGUGGCCAUCCCCGUCCGCGUCGUGCUCGGCGUCGUCCUCGCCGUGAUCACCCUGGUCGUGAUCGUCGUCGUUGCCUUCAUCGUCUUCGUGUGCGCCACCAACUUCAGAGCGUGGUGGCGGUCCCCGCGGAUGCGCCUCCUCAGGCUCGGCGGCGUCACCACCCUGAGGCGGAGCCUGAGCUACCCCUGCACCAUCUGCCGCGACAGUAUGGAGGCCGGCGAGAAGGUCCGCACGCUCUCCUGCGACCAUGUCUUCCACUGUGGAGGCACCGUCAAGUGCGGGUUCGGCAUCGACGCAUGGCUUCUCGCUGGGGAUGCCAUGUCCUGGCAGUCCUGCCCAAACUGCCGCCAGGUUCCCCACCCCGUGCUGCCGUGGAAGCGGCCACCGCCAUCGUCGCCAGCGCCGUCUUCGCCGCAGACGUCAGACUCGGACUCGGAGGAGGAGUUGCUGUUUCCGUCGCACUGGUUCGACGAAACACUACCGGAGUAG